UAUACCAAGUUGUAACCAGCAAGACAAUUCUCCUGGACAGAAGCUUUUCCAUUUGAACAAUGAGUGGUUCAAAGCCAGACAUCCUGUGGUCUCCCCACCACGCUGACCGCUAUGUCAUCUGUGACUCAGAGCUUGGACUGUACCGCAUUGGACCUGUGGGGUGCGGCGAGACCAAACCCGGAGCCCUCCCCCUCUCUGAGGAGACCGCUGCUACCCUAUUAGCUAUCAACUCUGACACCCCAUACAUGAAAUGUGUGGCCUGGUACCCAAAGCACGAGCCUGAGUGUCUGCUAGCGGUUGGACAGGCUAAUGGCAGGGUAGUCCUCACUAGCCUAGGGCAGAGCCACAACUCCAAGUGCAAGGAGCUGAUGGGGAAGGAGUUUGUGCCCAAGCAUGCACGUCAAUGCAACACCCUAGCCUGGAACCCUUUGGACAGCAACUGGCUAGCCGCAGGGCUGGACAAGCACAGAGCAGACUUCUCAGUGCUCAUAUGGGACAUUAGCAGUAAGUUCUCCCCAGAGGCUAGUGUAGCCGCUGAAAAGAUCCGUCUCUCGUCAGGAGACACAGACUCUGGCCUAGUGGUGACCAAGCCCCUGUAUGAGCUAGGCCAGAACGAUGCCUGCCUGUCCCUCUGCUGGCUGCCCCGUGACCAGAAGCUGCUCCUGGCUGGCAUGCACCGCAACCUGGCCAUCUUUGACCUGCGCAACACCAGCCAGAAGACCUUUGUCAACACCAAGGCCAUCCAGGGUGUGACAGUGGACCCCCACUUCCCCGACCGCGUGGCCUCCUUCUUCGAGGGCCAGGUGGCCAUCUGGGACCUGCGCAAGUUUGAGAAGCCAGUGCUCACGCUCACCGAGCAGCCCAAGCCGCUCACCAAGGUAACUUACUGGUAUGCUUGUUUGUUUGUGAAAUUCUGUUAUCCCCUGCCAUCCAAUGUACAAUCGACUUGCACAUAUCAGGAGUGUACUUUUUGUGUGAUAGCCUACAUGUUUUGGAUGUAACUCACUGUCCUUCCAUUCCCAGGUGGCCUGGUGCCCCACGCGUAUGGGCCUGUUGGCCACGCUAACGCGCGACAGCAACAUCAUCCGCCUUUACGACAUGCAGCACACGCCCACGCCCAUCGGCGACGAGACAGAGCCCACGAUCAUCGAGCGCAGCGUGCAGCCCAGCAACAGCCUCAUCGGCAGCUUCGCCUGGCACCCAACUUCCCAGAACCGCAUGGUGGUGGUUUCGGCCGCCAACCGUGCCAUGACCGACUUCACAGUGUUCGAACGUAUCUCUUUAGCCUGGAGCUCCACCACUUCGCUCAUGUGGGCCUGCGGCAGGCACCUGUAUGAGUGUGCCGAGGAGGGGGGCGUGGGAGGGGAGGGUACAGUAGAGAAGGACAUAGCCACUAAGAUGAGGCAGAGGGCCCAGUCCAGGUACGGUCAUGAUACGGUCCAGGUGUGGAAGAACCAUCUGCUGGCCGGAGGGGACGACCCCCAGCUCAAGUCCCUGUGGUACACUCUAUUCUAUAUCCUUUAUUACCCUCAAACUCAACUGGACCUCGAAGCCAGUUCCACUGCAUUUUUUAAAUUGUUCCCCUCUAAUCAGGGACUGAUUUAGAUCUGGGACACUAGGUGGGUACAAUUAAUUAUCAGGUAGAAUAGAGACCCAGCAGGCUCCGGACCUCGUUGGGUAAGAGUUGAAUACCCCUGCUUUAUUAUAUUAGUGGUGCAUACUCAUUUCUAAACAUAUCUGGCUUUGCGUGAGUAAUUAUGUGCUGUUUGUUCUGUUUAUUUUAGAUAAAGUAGACACAAUGUCCUUGUGUGAGAGACAUGCCUGGCGUUCUGCUUGCACUGUAGUGAUUCAUUGAAUGAUCAUUUGUCUUUGUUCUUACACCUGACAAACUGGAUACAAACUAAGUUGCUAUAUUGUAUGUCACUGUUUGCACUGUGGUUGUUAUGAUGUCCCAGCGUUCCAUUUCCUAUGUAAGUAUCACUCAUGAAGCAGUACACUGAAGACAUGGAGCAGAAACAGCAGGCGAACAAACAGGCCCUGGUCUAUUCAGGCAUCAAGAACAUAGUGAAGUCCAGCUCAGGUAAGCAACCUAAAGAUAUAGAUCAUCUUUAGGCCUAUGUUUAGGCUAAAUAUACAGGCUGAACCCUUGAAAGUACUAUAUAACACUUUUUCAGUGUUUCCCCUAGGUUUUUCUUCACAUUGGAGCAAAAAAGACACUGAAGUAACAUUUGUAUAUUUGUUGAUCUCUACUCCACCAGGCACUACGGAGAACCGGCGGUGCUGGAGCGGCUCGGACCUCCAGACGGACGUACCCAGGUUCCACAGCGAGGAGCGCAGCCUUGCCCUGCGUCUAUGCGGCUGGAUCAGUCGGGGGCCCGACAUCAACGUGGAGCCCUUCCUGCGCUCCCUGGAGGGGGAGGGCGCGUGGGAGCGUGCGGCCGCCGUGGCCCUCUUCAACCUGGACAUUCGCAGGGCCAUCCAGAUCCUCAACAAGGGAGCCUCCGCUGAGAGAGGUACUGGAGUGGAGUCAUCUGUGAUAGGGCUAUGUAAUGCAUUUUUAAAGAUUCUUUGUAAGGGCUCAAAAACUUGUUUGCAAUAUACACAGCAUAAAGUGUGCUACUAAUUACUGCCUGGUCACAUGACUGACAGGGAGACUAAUUAGAUAUAGAGUGUUAACAGCACAUGCAUUGUCCUCCUGUGCCUGAGGUGUCACUUCCAUCACAGCAAAAGUACCAUAACAUACUGCUAGGAUUUCACCACUGUAAACAAAAGCAGUAUACAGUCAGAAAGUAUACCCACUAAUAUUAGGUUAGGAUUUGGCUAUAGUGUACAGUGGAAGCUCAUAAACCAAGAUAAUAAACUACUAAUGAACCAGGCUAAUAAACCAAGCUAUCCAAGCUAAAUAAACCAAACAUCCCCACCCUUCCUUCCUCGCAGGGGACCUGAACCUAAACGUGGUUGCCAUGGCUUUGUCAGGCUACACGGACGAGAAGAGUUCCCUGUGGAGGGAGAUGUGCAGCUCUCUGAGGCUGCAGCUCAAGAACCCCUACCUGUGUGUCAUGUUUGCCUUCCUCACAAGUGAGCCUGGCAGCUACGAUGGAGUACUGGUACGCAGGGAAGGGGGUAAACCAUUGAUAUAGACUGGGUUGACAGAUUUUUAUAUGCAUUAUCCAACCCUUUAUAACAUUCAUUAUUAUGUUAGGCAAAAGUACAAAGGCUAUAGUACAGUCGUGGUCAAAAGUUUUGAGAAUGACACAAGUAUUGGUCUUCACAAAGUUCGCUGCUUCAGUGUUAUGAGAUAUUUUUGUCAGAUGUUACUAUGGUAUACUGAAGUAUAAUUACAAGCAUUCCAUAAGUGUCAAAGGCUUUUAUUGACAAUUACAUUAACUUUAUGCAAAGAGUCAAUAUUUGCAGUGUUGACCCUUCUUUUUCAAGACCUCUGCAAUCCGCCCUGGCAUACUGUCAAUUAACUUCUGGGCCACAUCCUGACUGAUGGCAGCCCAUUCUUGCAUAAUCAAUGCUUGGAGUUUGUCAGAAUUUGUGGGUUUUUGUUUGUCCACCCGCCUCUUGUGGAUCGACCACAAGUUCUCAAUGGGAUUAAGGUCUGGGGAGUUUCCUGGCCAUGGACCCAAAAUGUCGAAGUUUUGUUCCCCGAGCCACUUAGUUAUCACUUUUGCCUUAUGGCAAGGUGCUCCAUCAUGCUGGAAAAGGCAUUGGUUGUCACCAAACUGUUCUUGGAUGGUUGGGAGAAGUUGCUCUCGGAGGAUGUGUUGGUACCAUUCUUUAUUCAUGGCUGUGUUCUUAGGCAAAAUUGUGUGAGCCCACUCCCUUGGCUGAGAAGCAACCCCACACAUGAAUGGUCUCAGGGUGCUUUACUGUUGGCAUGACACAGGACUGAUGGUAGCGCUCACCUUGUCUUCUCCAGACAAGGUGUUUUCCGGAUGCCCCAAACAAUCGGAAAGGGGAUUCAUCAGAGAAAAUGACUUUACCCCAGUCCUCAGCAGUCCAAUCCCUGUACCUUUUGCAGAAUAUCAGUCUGUCCCUGAUGUUUUUCCUGGAGAGAAGUGUCUUCUUUGCUGCCCUUCUUGACACCAGGCCAUCCUCCAAAAGUCUUUGCCUCACUGUGCGUGCAGAUGCACUCACACCUGCCUGCUGCCAUUCCUGAGCAAGCUCUGCACUGGUGGUGCCCCGAUCCCGCAACUGAAUCAACUUUAGGAGACGGUCCUGGUGCUUGCUGGACUUUCUUGGGCGCCCUGACGCCGCCUUCACAACAAUUGAACCUCUCUCCUUGAAGUUCUUGAUGAUCCGAUAAAUGGUUCAUUUAGGUGCAAUCUUACUAGCAGCAAUAUCCUUGCCUGUGAAGCCCUUUUUGUGCAAAGCAAUGAUGACGGCACGUGUUUCCUUGCAGGUAACCAUGGUUAACAGAGGAAGAACAAUGAUUUCAAGCACCACCCUCCUUUUAAAGCUUCCAGUCUGUUAUUCUAACUCAAUCAGCAUGACAGAGUGAUCUCCAGCCUUGUCCUCAUCAACACUCUCACCUGUGUUAACAAGAGAAUCACUGACAUGAUGGCAGCUUGUUCUUUUGUGGCAGGGCUGAAAUGCAGUGGAAAUGUUUUUUGGGGGAUUAAGUUCAUUUUCAUGGCAAAGAGAGACUUUGCAAUUAAUUGCAAUUCAUCUGAUCACUCUACAUGACAUUCUGGAGUAUAUGCAAAUUGCCAUCAUCAAAACUGAGGCAGCAGACUUUGUAAAAAUGAAUAUUUGUGUCAUUCUCAAAACUUUUGACCACGACUGUACAGGAAUUGUCAAACGGGGCUAGGGACCACCAGGGGGCCUCAGUGAGUUUUCAUGGGAUCCACAAAAAGAAGGGAAACUACAAAUGAAUCCUAAAUAUCAGCAGCAGCAUGAAGAGGGCAGUGUUUGACAUAGUAGUUUGAAGAUUCCAACAUAAAAAAAAGUACAACUUAGUCAUACAAACCUUGUUGUGUUUCCCUCCUUAGUAUGAGAGUAGUGUGGCCGUAACUGACCGAGUGGCCUUCGCAUGCAUGUUCCUUAACGACGCACAGGUAAGACUUCCUCCAGCAAACACACAACAACAUAUACUAAAUAGAAAAUCAUCGUUUUUUUCACUGAUUACCCCGUUUCUAUCUAUUGAAAGGAAUGUGUUUCCUUUUCUAUGUGUGUUGUUAUGUAGCUGCCUCGCUACAUGGAGAAGCUGACCAGUGAGAUGAAGGAGGUGGGGAACCUGGAGGGGAUCCUGCUGACGGGGCUGACCAAAGACGGAGUGGACCUGAUGGAGAGCUACGUGGACCGGACCGGAGACGUCCAGACCGCCAGCUUCUGCAUGCUCAAGGUAUGGUCAGAGCAGGGGCUGAAUAGUCUUGCACUGCCCGACAUCACACCGUAGAACGGUUGUAGUCGAGGCAACAGGCUGACUGACCUUGUGGUUCAUACUAACUAUGAUCACCUGUCCCAUGUUGGCUAGAAUUAGACAGUUUCGCUCAAGAUCGAUUGUUGGAUCUUUUACCCAAGGUUUUUUCCCACAUUCAGGCUUAUAGAUUUGUUGAAUUUGUAAGAUUUGCUGGGGUUCAAAUGCUUACUGAUAGAAUGAAAAACAACUGUAAAAGUGACAUCACAAUACACAUUUCAUAGAAGCUAUGCUGAUGAUGUGAGACUGACACAGUUAUGGGAGCCCACUUCCAUUCUGAUUCAAACUCAAAUAACUUUGUCACCGUAAGGGGAGCUUCAUGACCUAGUGUUCUUCCCUCCCAGGGUUCCCCAGGGGAGGUGGUGAAGGACCCGCGUGUCCAGUGCUGGAUCGAGAACUACCGCAACCUGCUGGACGCAUGGAGGUUCUGGCACAAACGGGCUGAGUUUGACAUCCACAGGAGCAAGCUGGACCCCAGCUCCAAACCACUGGCACAGGCAAGGAAAGGGAACACUGCACUAAGAGAUGGACAGUUGUUCAUAGUUAUUCAUUUCUCUGUAUUUUGGUCUAUCUGUUCAUAAAUCUGCACAUGGAGGAUGUGACUGAGUGACCAACUUGCUUGCAGGUUUUACAUAAACUUAAAAGACAAUAAUGAAUAUGAAUAUCCUGAUUAAUAAGUGAUGCUAGUUAUUUAUUUGUUAUUGGUCAGUUAGAUAAUGAAACACUAUAUUGGACCCGUACAUUAAUUUCUAGCUUCAUAAUCUUAACAAUGAUCUCGAUGCUAUAACCUAUUAAUGUGGCUUCUGCUUGCUCUAAUUUAACCUGCCAGUCCUUAUCACACUUGACUGUUGUGUUGUUGCCUGCUACAGGUGUUUGUGAGCUGUAACUUCUGUGGGAAAUCCAUAUCGUACAGCUGCUCGGCCAUGCCCCACCAGGGCCGCGGCUUCAGCCAGUACGGGGUCAGCGGCUCGCCCACCAAGUCAAAGGUCACCAGCUGCCCCGGCUGCAGGAAGCCCCUCCCCCGCUGUGCCCUCUGCCUCAUGAACAUGGGCACGCCUGUGUCCAACUGCCCAGGUACUGGACAUGGUAUGCUCCACAGAUAGGCUCUGGGUGGAAGUUGCCUGUAGCCACAGAUCUAGGAUCUGUUUACCUUCCCCUAAACCUAACCAUAACCAUUAUGGGGAGAGAAUGAAAAACUGAUCAUGGAUCAGUGUCAAAGGUCCACUUUACCCUACUCUCACAGUUCUGCAGCCAGCCUAACUUCCUCAUUACACACCCUAUUAUGCAAAUAGGAAUGCAAGUGCGUACACACACUUCAGGGUAAUUGAGCGAGAGAAAUGCAUACAGUGCAUUCGGGAAGUAUUCAGACCCCUUCCCUUUUCCCACAUUUUGUUAUGUUACAGCCUUGUUCUAAAAUAGAUUUAAUAAAAUGUGUUCCUCAUCAAUCUACACACAAUACCCCAUAAUGACAAAGCGAAAACAGGUUUUUAGAAAUUGUUUGCAAAUGUAUAAAAAAACUAAACAAAUACAGAAAUACCUUAUUUACAUAAGUAUUCAGACCCUUUGCGAUGAGACUAAAAAUUGAGCUCAUGUGCAUUGUGUUUCCAUUGAACAUCCUUGAGAUGUUUCUACAACUUGAUUGGAGUCCACCUGUGGUAAAUUCAAUUGAUUGGACUUGAUUCCACUGUUGUUUUUUCCAGGCACGGGGAAGUCAGACGAGAAGGUGGAUCUGACCAGGGAGAACAAACUGGCCCAGUUCAACAACUGGUUCACCUGGUGCCACAACUGCCGCCAUGGUGGCCACGCAGGUCACAUACUCAGCUGGUUUAGGUAAGAACAUUACCGGAACGUUCUGAUAAUAUUUUCUGUAUCGGAGUAGUUUUGUGAACAGAAUGAAUCAUAGGUCUUGUACGAUGUCAGGCAAUGUGGUAGCUUUGUGAGAAGUGUCACAUUUUCAGUGGUUUGUGCAUUUGAAUGGUUAUCUAUUGGUUGUUUAUUGAUUAACCUUUGGUUGUCUUCUCUGUUCCCCAUAGGGACCAUACAGAGUGUCCAGUGUCGGCCUGCACCUGUAAGUGCAUGCAGCUGGACACCACAGGAAACCUGGUGCCUUCAGACAGCCACUAGAGGGGCCUCUGGUAGGGGCCACAGCCUAACCACCAGCCUAAAACCUGCCUGUGCACUCUCACUACACUACAGCACCCACCAGUC